AUGGCGGCGGCAGCGGGGGUCGGGCGGGAUAGUUUACCUGAGCACUGGUCCUACGGGGUCUGCAGGGACGGCCGCGUCUUCUUUAUCGAUGACCAGCGCCGCUGCACCACCUGGCUGCACCCGCGCACCGGGGAGCCCGUCAACUCGGGCCACAUGAUCCGUUCAGAUCUGCCCCGCGGCUGGGAGGAGGGCUUCUCGGAAGAAGGCGCCAGCUACUUCAUAGAAUUUGCUUCCCCUUGACUCUACCGCGAUACAUAAUACUUAGUCUUCCUUAAAGGAUGGAACAGUCGAGCAAAACCAACCAAUAAAGUGACCUCAUCUAACAGCAUAUGCAGCAUUUCCUACCAAUAACUC